AUGGAGUGUGUGUUUGGAUUAGUGGGCAAAGAUUUCGCAAUAGUGGUGGCGGACUCAUCGGCGGUGCAUAGUAUCCUCGUACACAAGACCAAUGAGGAUAAGAUAAUGCUCCUUGACUCCCACAAGCUCAUGGGCGCAUCCGGUGAAACCGGUGACCGGGCUCAGUUUACAGAGUACAUACAGAAGAAUGUGGCUUUGUACCAAUUUCGUAAUGGCAUCCCUUUGACAACUGCUGCUACCGCAAACUUUACUCGAGGCGAGCUCGCCACGGCUUUGCGGAAGAAUCCAUAUAUGGUGAAUAUCAUUCUAGCUGGCUACGACAAGGAGGGCCCUUCCCUCUACUUUGUAGACUAUAUCGCUUCCCUGCACAAGCUUGAUAAGGCUGCAUUUGGUUAUGGUUCAUAUUUCGCCCUCUCCAUGAUGGAUAGGCACUACCAUAGAGACAUGACAGUGGAAGAAGCUGUUAAUCUAGUCGAUAAGGUCAUAAUGGAAAUACGAUCAAGGCUGGUUGUGGCCCCACCCAACUUUGUAAUAAAAAUUGUUGACAAGGACGGGGCGCGGGAAUAUGCUUGGCGUGAAUCUAUCAAGGAUGCUCCAGUUAUUGCAUCUUGA